AUGCCAAAUUCCAGAACGAAGCUGGAAGCAGGCAUCUAUGUUCCAACCGUGGCUUUCUUCAAGGACGACGAAGAGGUAGAUGUUGAAACGACACGCAGGCACGUCUUGAAGUUGGCCAGCAGUGGCAUCAAAGGCAUAGUCACACAUGGCUCAAACGGAGAAGCUGCGCACCUUAGCCAUGACGAACGAAUUCUCAUCACCAAGACGACCAAACAAGCUCUUGAUGAAUCUGGCCAAGAUGUGAGACUCAUCGUGGGCUGCGGAGCUCAAUCGACAAGAGAGGCGAUAAAGCUUUGCAAGGACGCGGCAUCUGCUGGUGGCGAUGCAGCGCUCGUGCUUCCGCCGAGCUAUUUUGCUUCGCUGCUGUCCUCGAAGCUUCUCCUCGAUCACUUCCGGAAGGUUGCUGAUGCUUCACCAAUCCCCAUCUUGAUCUACAACUUCCCGGCGGUGCAGAGCGGCCUCGAUAUAACAUCGGAUCAAGUCAUUGAGCUAGCUCAGCAUCCGAAGAUCGUAGGCGUCAAACUCACCUGUGGUAACACAGGAAAGCUUGCUCGCGUUGUGGCUGCUACCAAGGGUUCCGACUUCCUGACGUUUGGAGGCUCAUCGGACUUCCUCUUGCAGACACUCUCGGUGGGAGGAGCUGGCGUGAUAGCAGGACUGGGCAACAUCGCACCGACAGCUAACGUGCAAAUAAUGUUGGCUUACGAAGCGGGUGAGGUGGACAAGGCGCGUGAGAUGCAGGAGAUUUUGGCAGAAGCGGAUUGGGUUGCGAUCAAGGGCGGAUUCGUGGCUGUCAAGGUCGGGCUAAAUGAGUACAACGGCUACGGCGGUCAGCCAAGGUCGCCAUGCGCGAUGCCUGAGAAGAGUGCUCAGUUGGGGAUCAACAGUGGCUUUGCCCGACUCGUCGAUCUCGAGCACAGUCUUCAGAAGGCCUGA